CGGGCGGGCGGCGCCAGGCCUGCUUGGCCUCACGGGCUCCCAGAAGCCUCCGCGGCCUCGACGGCCCCUUGGGUUGCCCAAUGGCCGAUUCCGAAGUGUAUAAAAUAUCCUUCAUUUUCCCAAAUGGGGAUAAGUAUGAGGGCGACUGUACAAGGACAUCGGAUGGAGCCCUUGAGAGAAACGGAGAGGGAGUUCAUACCACCCAAAAUGGAAUCGUCUACGUAGGAAACUGGAAAAAUGACAAGAUGAAUGGAUCGGGCAGACUUGAACAUCCUUCAGGAGCAGUUUACGAAGGACAGUUCAAGGACAACAAGUUUCACGGAAUAGGCACUUACACGUUCCCAAAUGGAGCAAAGUACUCUGGAAAUUUCAGUGAAAACAAAGUGGAAGGCGAAGGCGAGUUUACCGAUACCCAGGGUCUGGAGUGGAGCGGCAUCUUUCAUCGCACAGCCGCACCGGGCCUGAAACUAAAACUGCGGAUGUAGCUCUGACUGUCACUCCUAGAAGGCAAGGCUGAUGGACUUGGGAAGUUGUCGCCACCAGAUUCUGUGUCAGCCUGAAAUUUCCUCCGAAGUGCCUUGGUACACCCCACAUUAUAAUGCGAUCGAAUAAAAAAGGAUCCUUUCUUCUUCAUUCA